UGCUGAGAAACCCACUAACAUAACAGAAGGAGCCCCGUGUCCUUCACAACAUCAAACAUGGCUACUGCAACAAGACUCAUACAGAGGCUGCGGAAUUAUUUAUCCGGGCAUGACCUACAAUCCAAGCUGCAGCUGCGAUAUAACGAGGUUGCUAAAAGGACGCAGCCACCACCAAAACUGCCAGUAGGCCCGAGCCACAAGUUCGCCAACAACUACUAUUUUACAAGAGAUGGACGCAGGGAGUCAGUACCUGCCACAGUCGUGAUGUCUCCACAGAAGGCCCUUACUGCUGGCAGUCAAGUUGCUGAAGCCCCAAAGCAUCCAGUGACGCCGGGUGGUGUAUAUAAAAGUCCAUCACUCUCCACAGACCAGCCGUACCUGUGAGCAGCAGGACAGUCCUUUUCGUCUUCUACAUCACUUCUCUAUCCAAACCAGCUGCAAGGCCCUGACACGCCUGCAGCAAGUGUUGGUUGUACCUGUACAAUAGAAAGCGUGAAUAAAAUGUGGUAUAUUUA